CUGCAGUAUUAGUUCGGAUGAACGAUAAAAGGCAAAGGGUUCGUCUACUGGAAAGGAAGGUCAUUUCCCGUCGCUGGCUUUCAAAUCUCUUCUAGAUGUGUAAAAAGUGAAAAAUGUUUUCUACGAAGUCUACAAGACUUGCAUCCUCUCUCGUGGGAACGGUGCUCAGAUCGUCAGGUUCUCGGUGCAUCAUCUUGCCGUGGUUUGGAAUUCGAACUGAAAAUGGCGGUCAACUGGUAGCAGCUCUUCGAAAAUCCACAGUAAGCUUAGAGUUGUCGUCGUACGCUAGGUUUUGAGUGUUGAUAGUAAGCUGAGAAUGUAAUAGAUUAUUAGAAAUUACAGUAAAAAUUGGUGUUAUAUAAUGCUUACGUAAGAGGAUCAUGCCGGGUUGAGGGGGAACCCAAGCUGAAGCAUUGCAAAGUCAGUAUGAGGUGUAUUAGGUGUUUACUCCUCAAAUAGGAUUUACCACUUUUGUUAUAAAUAUUUGAUCCUUUGACACAAUUAAAUUUUCUUUGAUAAAGCCGAGGAUUUAAUCCAGUGUUCAACACCUAAUAUACUCGACAAGGUUUUGACAAUGAAGAAAAAAAACACUUGUUCAUAAUGCAUCAGUCAAUUCCAGCUACUUCCUAUAAUGGCCUAUAUGUGAAGGCUCUGCCACAAAGUGGGUGCCUUAAGGUUCAGCUAUAUAAAAAGGGUACGGAUUUCACUUGAACUAAAUGAAAGGGUAGGGACAUCUGUCUUUUCGGUCAGUAAAAGGACCCCAAAGGACUGCAUUUUAUGCCUGUGAACAAGUUGAGAAAACUUUGUGGUUUUGUGAUUUAUUCAUAUUUUGAAGACAGUGCAUUUACAGCAGUUGAAAAGGAUGCAAAGUUCUAAACUAGGAAUAUGAAAAAUGUACCAUUUGCUAAUAGAAGGUAUAUGAAAGGGGUACCUUUUCUGUAGCCUGCGAAAACAGCCGUUUCUCCUCGCUCCUCGCCGCUGGGAUAUUUUGGGAGAAGGAACGUCUGUGACUCAGCGACAGAAAUUCCAUACUGAUGACGUAAAUCAAUGUUCACUUAAUAAAUCCAGUAGUCAAGAGCUUCCAAAAUAUAAAUUUGUGAAAAUUUUUCGUUUCUCCCAGUCGAUUUUCGUAAAGUGUAAUGUUUACAUGCGAGUGAGCUCCAGCAAAACUCAAAUUCUUCUUCUAGAGAAGAAUGUAUUCCACAAAUAUUGACUGUUUCAUUAUAGAUUCAUCGCAUUUACAUUUGACCUUUUUAGCUUUUUGUCUUUUGUCUGUCAUUCAUAAACAAUAGCUAGAACAAUGUAACUACUCUGUCGUACAAUUGAUCAGUACUUAUGAUCAGAUUUCAGACAGAUUUUACAUCAUCAGUAUGGAAUUUCUGUUGGUGAGACGCAGACAUUCCUCCUCACGAAAGGUCCCCAGCGGCUAGGAGCGAGGAGAAAUGGCAGGUUACCUUUUGUGUCAAAAAUGGUAUAUAACUGGGGGUUUGCACAGUCUUAAAAAGUCCUUGAAUUUUAGGGGAAGUCCUUGAAAAGUCCUUAAAAUCCAAUUUUCCUUGAAAAGUCCUUCAAUAUCUGUGCAAGUCCUUGAAAAGUUCUUGAAUUUUCUUCAACUUUGAAUGUAGUAGCCUGGAGAGAGUUUUUUGAUGCUUUUUGGUUGUCCAAGGCAGAAUGUAAAUCACAACUCAGAGAAUUCAAUGGUUAUUUACGUAAAGUGCUCUAUGUUUUAUGCAAUAAUUAAAUAUCAAUUUAAGACAAGUGAACUGAAAAAUGUAGAGAGGUUGGCAAAGCAAACAGUUCAAGCUGUAAAGUCUUAUUUAGAACGGACUGGGAAUGUGCAUUUUUCUGUGAAAUUAUAAUCCUAGUAGGUGGUCCUUGAAAAUCUGAUGUGGUCCUUGAAAAGUAAUUGAAAUGUCCUUAAAAAAUGGUUGCAAUUUUUUGUGUGAACCCUGUAUAAAGCCAGCUAGGUAAGGGGUUGGCCUUCGGGGCCAGAGCUUCCCCAUUUUAAACUACCCUGGGGGAGUUCCCCACCUGGCAGCAGGCUCUCUUGUGGGAUACAUAAUUUCUGAAUAUCUGUGUUGACAUAGUUGUAUUUACCAGGUUUGUCUGUUGUCCGCGAGUGCUGUGCACACUGAGAAGCAGCUACCACAUUUUAAAGAGAGGGAACAGAUUAAAGAAGCCGAAGGAGAUGAUGAUCGCACACUGGGUAAUGAAGUGUACAGGAUGCCUCAUCCUAUUUGGUAAGAAAAGAAAAUGAUGAUUGUAUGAUUAUAAUGAGCAUUAUAACUCAUUAUUAUACAGUGUAAAACUUAUCAAAGACAUUGUUUUAAUCAUGUCCUGCAUUAUAAAAAAAAUACAGAGGAACACAUAUCACUAGGGAUAUGUGUUUCCCAGGUAGGGGAACAGAUAUCACUAGGGAUAUGUGUUUCCUAGGUGGCGGACAACAUAUCACUAAGGAAAUGUGUUUCCCAGGUGGGGGAACACAUAUCACUAGGGAUAUGUUUUUCCCAGGUGGGGGAACACAUAUCACUAAGGAUAUGUGUUUCCCAGGUGGGAGAACACAUACCACUAGGGAUAUGUGUUUCCCUGGUGGGGGAACACAUAUUACUAAGGAUAUGUGUUUCCCAGGUGGGGGAACACAUACCACUAGGGAUAUGUGUUUCCCAGGUGGGGGAACACAUAUCACUAGGAAUAUGUGUUUCCCAGGUGGGGGAACACAUAUCACUAGGGAUAUGUGUUUCCUAGGUGGGGGACAGCAUAUCACUACGGAUAUGUGUUUCCCACGUGGGGGAACACAUAUCACUAGAGAUAUGUUUUUCCCAGGUCGGGGAACACACAUCACUAAGGAUAUGUGUUUUGCAGGUGGGGGAACACAUACCACUAGGGAUAUGUGUUUCCCAGGUGGGGGAACACAUAUCACUAGGGCUAUGUGUUUCCUAGGUGGGGGACAGCAUAUCACUAGGGAUAUGUGUUUCCCACGUGGGGGAACACAUAUCACUAGGGAUAUGUUUUUCCUAGGUGAGGGAACACAUAUCACUAAGGAUAUGUGUUUCCCAGGUGGGGGAACACAUACCACUAGGGAUAUGUGUAUCCUUGGAAGGGGAACACAUAUCACCAGGGAUAGGUGUUUCCUAGGUGUGGGAACACAUAUCACUAGAGGUAUGUGUUUCUUAUGUGGGAGAAGACAUAUUUUAUACUUGGGAUAUGUGUUUCCCAGCUGGUUGAACACAUAUCACUAAGGAUUCGUGUUUCCCAGGUUGGGGAAUGUAUAUCACUGGGGAUAUGCGUUUCCCAUGUGGAGGAACACAUAUCACUUCGGAUAUGUGGUUCGUAGGUGGGAGAACACAUAUUACUAGAUUUAUCUGUUUUCCCAGUAGCUGAACACAUAUCUCUAUUGAUAUGUGGUCCUUUACUUGGAAAACACAUAUCGCUACUGAUAUGUGUUUUCCAGACAGCGGAACACAUAUUACUAGGGAUUUGUGUUUUCUUCAUUGGGUAUAUAUAACGCAGCGCUUAACCUAUUCAGCCUCUUAUGUAUUUUAUUUAACUGCAAGGAAGCUUUUUGGUUUUUUUUCCUACAGUUCCAAUUAAAUUUUAGUUAUUUUUAUAUUUUGAUUUUACUAUUAUAAUGUGUUAUAUUUCAGGUCAGAAGAUGAUUUGCACAGUGUAAAAAUAACCCAUGAAGACCCAGUAACUAAAGUUGACAAGGUGGAAUAAAAAUUUUGCAGUUAGUAUUGUUGUAUGCAUGAGAGUUACAAAGGGUGCCUAUGAUUGGGAAAUCUGGAUUUAGAUUUUAAUGCUGCAGAGAUAUCUGUUCUUGAGUUUUCCCUUUUUUGCUGUUGUUUUUUUUGGAAUAUCCAAGAAAGGAUUAAGAAAAACUGUUCUUAGGAACAGGAGUUUUGCACCCGCAUGCAUAAUUAGCAAAAAGACGACCACUGUCCAAAAGAAUAGUUUUGCAAAUCCUCUUUCGGAUUCCCAAUUGAACAGUAAAGAAGGAAAUCCAUGAAAUCUGGAUUUGGAUUUGUUAAUUGAAAUCCACCCUGAGGACGGAUUUCUCGAAAGUGAAAUCCAUUCUUGGGUUUUGCGUUCAAAUGCAAAUCUGAAAUUCUUUUUACAAAAAUUAAAUCUGGAUUUCCCAAUCGAUUGCAACCAAACUGUAAUAUUAUUGUUCUGGUUACCUGCAUAGAGGAUAUGCUUUUAACCCCACGGUAGCAUACUAUAGGAGGGUUGAAAAGCUUGUCUGGCUGUUAAUAUUAGGAAGACAUAAGAGACCUUUAGAUUCGAGGACAAGGACGAUUGCGAGUAUGAGAAUUGACUUAAAGUUUUUUCGUGUAUUCUCAUUAAUGUAAACUUCCCGGAGAGCUUCGUUUUACCAUUUUUCAGUAGAAAGGUCUGUAGUACCGCGGUUAGGUUAAAACACACUUUAUUCACGACCGUUACACUCCGAACUCAGAACGCUAACCCACUCGAAUAAAUUACAACACACGCUAUCUAUAGUACAUGCAAAUUACGUAAUCCCCGUGUGUAUCACAUCACAUUCAUUCUCUCGCUUCUACGCGCUUGCAUUAGCAUCGUAUACACUACAUUCCCUUCUUUGAUCAAAUUUAGCAGGAAGGCAGUUUUAAAAGGCUGCAAAACCCUAAAUGUUCAGCAAAACAAAGUCUUUGAAUUAAACUAGACGAAACAGGAAAAGAAGUCCACAUCUCUAAUGAUCUGCUGAUAUUUCUCCGGCGCCGACGUUACGCCAAACAUCAACCGCUUGUAACGAUAAAGCCCUCGAUGCGUGGCAAAGGUAGUGAUGUGGCGACUUUCCUCACUGAGUAAAAUCUGGUGAAAACCCCACUUGAGAUCUAUCUUGCUGAACACCGUACUGCCAUUCAAGUCGUGUAACAGCUCCUCAACGGUUGGAAUUGGGUGACGCUCUCGGACGAUUGCUUCAUUUGCACGACGCAUAUCAACACAGACUCUUACGUCGCCAUCGCUUUUGGGAACCACCACCAACGGCGAAAUCCAUCCUGACGGCCCCUCCGGCACUUCCUCUAUAAUGUCAAGCUCCAAAAGUUCAUCCAGCUUUGCAUCCACCUUCUCGCGUAACCCGAACGGUAUCCUACGUACAUGCUGCGCUACAGGCUUCACCGACUCAUCAAUGUGUAGCUUAAGCUCGUAGCCCUUCAAAAGACCAACACCACUAAACAAGUGCUUGUAUUUCUCUCUGACAUCCCCGUCCGAUCGCCCACCGUCAACACUGUUUGUCUGAAAAGGACCAAUACGCAACAGGUUUAGCGCCUCGGCAGUCUCUCGGCCCAACAGCGUGCGACCAUCGCCUUCAACCACCACAAAAUCAGCAUUACUUCCGUUUUCAAACCCAGCCAGCGUGACAUCUGCCGUGAACGUUCCUAGGGUCGGUAAAGGUUCUGUACCACCAUAAGCAAAAAGUUCCUUUGCAGAUUUGCGAGAUUCACAGUUAAUCCCCUUUUGCUUUAACAACUCCCAGGUCUGCUGGCCCAUAACAUUACAUGAAGCUCCCGAAUCAAUGAGAACAUCGGGUACGUCUACACCACCAAUGACCAGCGUUACCAAAGCGCCCCUUUGUUCCUUGCGAUCAUUCACCUGUUCCACUGAAAAGGCAUAAUCGGGUCUUUGCGAAUGACCUGAUGCAGCGAAAUCUCCUUUGUCUUCCUCUCCAGGGCUAGGUCUUCCAGUCACGAGGUUCGUCUCUCGCCCUCCGCGUCCGCGUCCACCUCGACCCAGUCCACCAGCACUCCUGCCUCCUCUGCCGCGUCCGCCUCUGCUACUCUCAGGUCCUCUAGAUCCCGAAUGGGUCCUGCUUAGCUGAUGGAGUCGAGGGCAUUUAACUUUGAAAUGGCCUGUUUCGCCGCACUUCCUGCAAGUUUGACCACGCGCCGGGCACUUUUUGUCUUGACUGAAGUGUCCUUCUUGUCCGCAGCUAAAGCACGUCUUUGCUUUCCUGGGAUUUUUGUUUCCAUACAGCCUGCCACCCACUGCAUUGACCUGGUUAUCUGCUUGGUCGGUACUGUAUUGCUUCAGUUGUCGAUCAACCGCUUCUUGGGAUCUUGCAACACGCAACAAUUCAUCUAACGUAACAGUUCCUUCCUUUUCCAGAAAUUUCCGGCGUAAAUGGCUCGAAUAACACUUGUCUAUGAGCUGAUCGCGAAUGUAGUCAUCCUCGCCGGCGCCAAAAUCACAAGUCGCUGCUCGCUGACGCAAUCUACAAACGAACUGAUCAACUGUCUCUCCGAUCCCUUGCGAAAUUUGUCGAAACAAAUGUCUCUCAAAGGGAAUGUUCGCCUUUGGCACGAAAUGGUCGUCCAACACCUUUAACGUUGCUUCAAAACUUGCAUCUCCACCCUCACCAGCUAGUGUGAAAUAAAUUUCUUGCACAUCCAUACCAGCGACAUGCAACAGCAAAGCACGUUUUUGAGCGUCGUUCGAUACACCUUUCCCGGUCACAUACAAACUGAACGCUCGCUUCCACUUCUUCCAUCGCUGACUUAAAUUGUGCGCCUCUCCUUUUGGAUUAAAUGGUUCCAAUCCACUGACAUCUAAAGUAACAGAAGUCAUCCCAGAACCGCCAACAGCACCGCCCGUAGUACCGCUUGUCGCGUUAGUUUCGCCCGAUCCACCGCCUCCCGGCAUCGCUGAAAUAAAUCCUUGACGAAAUCCUCAACGAAAUCCACAGCGAGAUUUUCAACGAAACUCUUGAAACCCUCGGCGAAAUCCUCGAAAUAUCCUCGAAAUAUCCUCGUCGCCAAUGUAGUACUGCGGUUAGGUUAAAACGCACUUUAUUCACGACCGUUACACUCCGAACUCAGAACGCUAACCCACUCGAAUAAAUUACAACACCCGCUAUCUAUAGUACAUGCAAAUUACGUAAUCCCCGUGUGUAUCACAUCACAUUCAUUCUCUCGCUUCUACGCGCUUGCAUUAGCAUCGUAUACACUACAAGGUCCACACUCUUAUCUUUAGUGAAGGAGGUUAUGCGCUCUUUCGAUCGCACAAUGAUAAAACUUUUGAACACAUUUGAUAUGAAUCUUGUUUUUGCCACCACAACAUUUGUGCUAGUAGUAGAAUGAUGGUGGCUACCACCUUUUCCUGCCAAAAUGGUUCACACUUGAGUAUUACUUAGUAUUGGGAAAAUCUCGUAGUUGUGGUCAUACUUGUCUCAGAAUCUUAAGCUCUCUAUAGACACCAAAAAUACAAGAGAAAUUUUUUUAAGCUCCUUAAAUUUUACAAGUUCCUGGGGGAAAUCCGGUGUCCUCAACCCUUCAAAUCACGUAGUGACCCCCCUGUUCUGGGAUAAAAGCCAUGGAUGCCAAUGUGAAUGGUUUAGUUUGUGUGUCCUUCCAUCCCUACAAAGUCUGUGUUCACACUUAACAGACAAAUUUAUUUAUCUGUCUCAAAUUAUGAAAUAGAGGGAUAAACAGACAGAUGUAAUCAGACUGAUAAUUCAUUGCCCUUACUGGGUCACAUAAUGACAGCCAGAUUAUCAAUUAUACUUCUGAGUCAGAUAAUCUAGCUGUCACCUAAGUGUAAAAACAGCCACCUGGCAUGGAUUACAGUAAUAACCAAUUAAAGUUUUUAGAUGUUUCAGUUAAUGUUUUAAAUUGCCUAUGAGAUAUUAUUAAUAAUAGUUUUCUUGUUUAACUUAAUUAGCUUGCCUAUGGUUCAGUCCAGUUUCUGAGGAUAGCAUUUGAUAUUAUUUCCUUGUACAAAGUGGGAAAGAUGACAGAGAAUAAGUGGCUAAAGUAAGUCAAUCAGUCAAUCAUAAUCAGUCGUUUCAAAUGUUUAAUGCAUAGCCUCUAAGGCAACUUCAUUUUUCUCUGCACAAAAGCAAUUUUACUACUUAAGUAUUUACAGUCAACUCUUUCUAAGUCGGACACCUUUAGGGGCGGUACUAAGUGUCCGUCUAAGAGAGAUGUCCGUCUUAUAGAGAGUCAAAUAAAGGGAGUAAAGAAAGGCAGGGACCAACUCUAGCUGUCCGUUUUACAGAGGUGUCCGUCUUAUAGAGGUGUCCGUUAAGAGAGAGUCGACUGUAUUUGUUUAAUUGUAUCAGCUAUGAAUUUUUCCAUUAAUUCUUUGUCGUCUUAUUUAUAUUCACAGAAAUGUUGUACAAUGAGUAAACCUUAAGUAAAUAGCGCUUUUGGAUCAUUAAGAAAAAGCACUCUAAAAAUGUUUAAUUAUUAUUAUGAUUAUAUGAUUACGAUGAUAAUGAUGAUGAUGAUUAUUAUUAUUAUUAUUAAGCGUAGCAGUGGUGGUAGUAGUAGCAGCAGCAGCAACAGCAGUAGUAGUAGUAGUUACUUUAGUAGUAGUCGUAGUAGUAGUGGUAGAUUUUUGUCCGUUGAAUCUCAAGACCAUAAAACAGCUAUAAUUUGUGUUAAUUCGGACUCAUACAUUAUUAUUUUUUUGAUACUGGCACUUGAUUUGACGUAUGGUUUUGUGUCCUUUGAUUAUCAACAGCCGCAUUAUUAUGUUGGAGACAGUGGCAGGUGUACCAGGGAUGAUUGCCGCGAUGGCUCGACACUUUCACUCACUCAGGAAACUAACAAGAGACCAUGGGUGGAUUCACACACUGCUAGGUAAUAUUUCCAGUGAACUGAAGGGCCAUGCAAAAUUCAAAUAUUUAUUUACUCCAACAAGCACCAAUCAAACUGUAAUAGGUUUAACCAAGGUAAGUUUUUAAGUACUAAUAUGGGCUAUUGCUAGUCUAUUCAAAUUUGGUAGUAUUUUGACAAUAAUAUAAUUUAUUAAUCUGCUUACGUAUUUCUAACACUUCAGUACAUCUGUCAUAUUUCGGCACUCGUGCCAUGUCCCAGAAACUUGUCAUUAUGAUUAAUGUACUCAAAAACUUCGUUUUAUAGUUUUAGUUACUUAAAACUUUUCAUCAAACUUUUUAAGAGGAAGCUGAAAAUGAGCGGAUGCAUUUGAUGACAGCCUUGGAACUAAAAGAACCUGGAAUUCUCUUCCGAGGAGUUAUACUUUUGGCUCAGGGUAAGUUGUACAAAAAAAUGAUUUCUCCAUUAAUUUUCAAGACUUAUUGCGUUUAAGGCAUUUUAAUGCAGGUGAAAUGUGUAACCUGUUAUUAGGUCGAAUUUUAGUGCCAUGCUUAUGUUCUUUUUCAUUUUGCAUCCGCCUCCUCCUCCUCCAUAAGCUUUUCUAAGGCUUUGUAGCAUGGAACACAGCGAGAACCCUGAGAAGUGGAGACGAGCAAGAGGUCCCAGGAACACUUUAAUUUCCUUAAUAAUUUACUCAAAUAUCCGCCCAAACGUGAUUGUGAGUAACUGCAUGGGGAUGAGGCAGAUUUUGCCUAAUGCCCACUCCGACUUAACCAGGGGGUUGGGGAUUGGGGUUUGGGGGCUCGGGUUACAACAUCAUCAUAAUAAUAAUAAUAAUAAUAAUAAUAAUAAUAAUAAUAAUAAUAAUAAUAAUAAUAAUAAUAAUAUAAUAAUAAUAAUAAUGAUAAUAAUAAUAAUAAUAACUGUUUAUUCACAAAUCCAUGGAAAAGUGAAAAGGAGAUAAAGGAGGUUAUCCCUUUCUAGUUUAAUCCAUGGGGAAGCUCUGCCAAAAGGUCAAACCCCUUUAUCCUUUUAUUUACUAUUUUUAACAAGGUAUCCCCUCUAUAUUCCUUCUAUUGACAAAUGGUAUCCCUUUCAUAUACCUAGUGUAAUUAGAACUUUCCAUCCCUUUCAACUGCUGUAAAGGCACUGUAUUCAAAAUGUGAAUAAAUCACAAAACCAGAACAUUUCCCCAACUUUCUCACAGUGAUAAAAUGCAUUUGUCAGCCCCUUUAAGCCUUUCAUUAAAAGAAAUGACAGUUACCCUUUCUCAUAAUUAAACUUCCGAAAUCCCUACCCUUUGAUUUAUACCUGAAGCCUACAAAAGGUACCCUUUCAAGCGGAGCCUUCCCACAUGGACCAUUAUAGGGAGUACCUCCACCCCCCAGGGGAGUUAACGUAAGAUGCAAACAAAAUCUUUAUUAUGUGGCUACAACUUUUUCCUUUUCUAUCUCAACAGGUCUUUUUGUCAACUGCUUCUUCAUAGCAUACAUGUUAAGCCCCAGAUUUUGUCACAGAUUUGUUGGAUACCUAGAGGAGGAAGCAGUGAAGACUUACACCUACUGCUUAAAGGUGAAUAACCUUUUUAAGUUAACCAUGGGCUGCCUCACUUGAGAAGGUGGGCCCAUCCUGGUGGAUCCAUGGGCUUGCACUGUUCUGGCAAGCUGAAGAUGUUACUUAGAAAAAUGAUUUUGCCUUGUCUAGUUUCGAGAUGAAGUUCUUCAAGCGCUGACAACUACUGACAAAAUUAAUAAUCCCCCAUUCCUCCCUAAAACAAAUAUGCUGAGUCUGGCUGGAUCAUUUCUGUCCUUGACAGAACAACAUUGGCCAGGGUGGGGCAAGGGGAGAGGUUAUAGGGGUACUAAAUCUGAUGGACAGGCAUUCUGUGGGUAAGAAACUGCAAAAUUCUAAGCACUUUUUGUCCAAGAUUGAAGAUAGAGUUCAUUCCAAUAAUGUGGUAAUACAAAUGUACCACUUAGAGUGACCAACAGUAAUUUUCUCCUAACAACAUCAGCAGAUCAUCAAGAGUAAAGUUUAUGAGAAUUACUAAAUUGAUAACCAAAGGGAGAAUGCUUUGAUCUUAAGCCAAAUUCUCUCAACUAUUCUUAAAAGAAAUGUAUGGAGAUCAGUCUGGAGAAUUUGUCCGUGGAUAAAAGAAGAGAGAAGAAACAGCUGGAAAUAAUAUUAUACCCCUGCCAUGAGGCCCCAAUCCAGGCACCUGUCAAAGUGAAACUGAAUAAAAUUUUCAGUGUUUCUGUAAUGAAUAAAAUGGAUGGGAGAAAAAUAGAAAUAAAAUUCUGUCAUUAUAGCCACCUCUUACAUGUAAAUACAUUGGACUUUUGACUAUAAAAGGCAGCUGUUUGAAAGUGUCUAGUUGAGGUUGUUGAGUUCAGUUUUGAGCUAUAUUUUAACAAGAUUGUUAUUAAUAAGUUUAAGACACUGUGACUUUGGAGGACAGGAAAUUGAAGAUGUCUCUGACCAGGUUCUUUCAUGUAAAAAAUUCAAUUCAAGGGCAGAAAUAUGUGAUAAAAUUAUUGAUUCAGUUAACGUGCGUGUAAAAUUUUCACAGUGUAUUGAUGAUGGAACUCUACCGAUUUGGAAAACAAAGCCUGCACCUCCUCUGGCUAUUAACUACUGGAAGUUAAAGGUAUUUAAGAAAAUUUUUUCUUAAAAUUUAAAUUUCAAAGAGGGGAUAAUUUUUAUAAGAGUGUCGAAGAAAAUCCUGGCUCAAUAAAAAAAGAAAGAAAAAACUAUGAAAAAUAUGUGCCAAGAGAGGAAGAGGAAAGGCCAUGUAACAGAAAACUUGAACCUUUGACUGACAAUAUCUCUCCAGCACAAAUAGUUUACUGCACAACUGAAUUUUACACAGAUUGUAGCUCAGGGGAAAUGGUAAAAAACUGAAGCAUUACUGGGAGCAACAGGUCAAGAAGAAUUAAAUGAAGUAGAUCGUAGGUAUUGACACAACUUUUGCAGUUGUGGAAAGAGAGCCUGAAAAAGUAAGGCUUGCACGGGAUUUGAACACUUGACCUCUGCAAUACUGGUGCAGCGCUCAACUAGUUAUUGAGCAAACAAGCCAACUGGGAGUGGCUCAUUGAGUUGAUUCAUUAUAAACCCAUAAAAGGAUAAAAAUAUGAAAAUUAUACAUAAGAACUGUGGAGUGAAUGAAGAAUUAAAUGAAAGGAGUUUAUCGCAGUUAUAGGGGAUAGUUAAGUAGAAUUCAAAGGUUAUUAAACUCAAUCACGCACCCUUCUCACUACACAACAAGAGAUUUUUAGAUUUGAGGACAAGAACAAGGACGAGAUUGGAUUUAAAGUUUUUUCGCAUAUUCUCAAUAAGAAGACACCUCAGAACGCUUCAUUCUUCUUUUUUUUUACCAGAAAAGUUAGCACUGUUACCUUUAUUGGAGGAGAUUUAAAGCCCUCUCCCGAUCGCAAAAUGAUAAAACUUCUAACAUUAUUUUGAUAACUUGUUUCCGCCACUGCAAUAUUCUCACUAAAACUCAUAGUAGAAUGACAACUAGUAUCACGUUUUCGCACAAAAAUCAUGUUGGCUUAUGCGAGCACAACUUAGUAUUGAGAAAUUCUUGUACUUAUAUUCAUACUUGUCUUAAAAUAUAAAGGUUUCUAAUAUUGUUCAGUCUGUAGCUCUGAGUUUCCAUAUCAUUUUCUUACAGGAGGGAGCUGUUAUGCGGGAUGCCAUCCUGGCCAUACGAGCAGAUGAAGCACACCACAGAGUUGUUAAUCACACUCUAAGCUCAAUGCACCUUAAUGAGAAGAAUCCAUUUUCACCAGGCCAGAAGAAAUUAUAA